GUUGACGCGGAAUCGUUUCCGUGUAAUUGCACUGCUUCAACGUGCGCAAAUCCGUUUGGCCGUCGUGAAUUCGAUGCACGUCAUGUUCGUUCACAUCUUCACUCAACUCUGAUGCGUUUGAGAGAUGCUCAGAUUCGUAAUGUAAACCUUACUUAA